AUGUACAGCUCAUUCGGAUCAUACAGCUCUAUGAGCUCAGUCACCCAGCCUCUGGACAUCACGCCCAGCAGCUACCUCUCGAGUUCUUCCGCAUACCACGCCAACUGCGCCUUUCCCUCGUGGCCGCAGCAAGAACGCGCGACGUCCUACCUUUCCGACGACGACCUGCUAGACCUGGAGGAGGACAACCACUCGCACAACUACUCGAGCGCCAGCAGCAACGCCUCCGGCUCGCCCUUUGUCACCGAGCAGGAGCUUCUGGAGCUGCAGAGGGAGCAGCAGGCAGCACUGCAGCGCGAGGCACUCAGGUUCGUCAUGCAAGAGAAGGAGAGGCGCAAGCAGGCCGCCGCCAAGCGCUCGCGUCGCGGCAGCAACGGCUCUUCCAAGAAGAGCCCCAAGUCGCGCAGCAGUAUGAUGACCUCCAUCUCUGAGGCUAUUGAGUGA